AGCUCACUGGGCGUGUCAACUCGCGACAAGCUAUAUACCCCCAAAGCCACCCAUGCCUCUCAUCCCUCCCCCGCUGCCUCCCAACCCUCUCCUCAUCGCCGUCCACGACGACAAGCAUGUUCGCGACGCAACACAACGUCGCCCUCCCACUGUCUGACAAGGACGCCACCACCGGCCCCCUCUAUGUGCGCCAGUACCAUGGCAUUGAGGUCAUCCAACUCGUUGAAGUCGAUGCUCCCCCGCCGCCACAACACUCAUCCUCGUCAGGCUCCCUCCCUGCGUCCUCUGACUACUCCAGCUCCUACGACUCCGAGUCCUCUGAUUCCGAGGACGAGUCCGAGUGCUCUUCCUACUGCUCCUCCGACGAGGAGGAAAUGCAGGAGAAGAACAUCACUUUCUUCGAUGAUACAUACGGUACUCGAUUGGACCGUGUCCUCGCUUGGCGAGACAACUUUGCAAAGGCCAUGGGCGUUGUCACAGAUGACAGCCAUAUUAUGUCCCACGCGCCACACCCAAUGAAACGCAAGAUCGACUAUGAAGACGUCUUUGAUGACUCUACUUCAUCAUCCUCGAAACGUUCGCGCUCCACCUCACCCGAGCCCUUCUCUCCGUCUCACCUUCCUGAGACACCUUCUACUUGGACACAUCGGCGUCUGAGCGCGCAUUCGUGUCCCGCUUGCGACGAGGGCUUCAACACCCGACAGAGUCUACAGCAGCACGGGCAGGACCCAAAGCUUAGUGACGCAUGUCGAGUCGCUGUCAUGUAUGGGCUUGAAGCGUGAUGUUUCGCGCUUCCCCCUCUAGUCGAGACAGGGUCGUGCUACGCCCCACGCCACUUUCCCUCCUGAGCCGCCACACCUCCCUCGACGCUCAAAAUUCCUCUUCGCUUUGUUCUUCGGGUACCGCUUCCAGUCCAAGCUUCAUUCCGCGCCUCAAUUCACUCGCACACUGGUUCGAGAACUGUAUCAACCAACCAUCGCAUCAUCCUCUCACGCCUCGUCUCAUCCAUCAUCAUCAUUUUGCUUUCAACUCUCUUCGCCCCAACGAUAUCUUCUCCCUUGUUCUUCUCUCUCUGUUUCUCACACAUUCAUGUUUCGAGCCCCAAGCUGCAAUUUACGGUAGAGUCCGCCCCUAGUUCCAAUCACGACGCCACAAUCAUCCCUUCCCACCAUUUCACAUCAACAACAUCCGCCUUUUCCGACGUUCGAUCUUCUCCUAGCCUUAUACCUCGCAUAAUGCUUUCCCCUUCUUCCGCUAAAAUACGCUUUUCGAACUCUCCUAAAAGUCAUCUUGUUACACUAUGUGUCCAUGAUAAUGGAGUUCCACGCUGUUCCUACGUUAUAUUAUCACUUUAUCACUGCCUAUACAUAUCAUACCAAGAGAUCCCUCGCUCUCGUCACCCGCCCCCACACUUGUCAGCUUCUAGUUCAUUAGUGCGGUUAAUUAUAAUAAAAUUACAUCC